AUCAUGAGAGAAAUCAUUCACGUUCAAGCAGGCCAAUGUGGUAACCAGAUCGGUCAAAAAUUCUGGGAAACCAUCAGUCAAGAACACGGUAUUGAUGGAUCGGGCGCCUACGCCGGCGACAACGAUCUCCAAUUGGAGCGUAUCAACGUCUACUACAACGAAGGCUCCACUGGCAAAUAUGUGCCAAGAGCUGUGUUGGUCGACUUGGAGCCUGCCACGAUGGACGCCAUCAGAGGAAGCACCUACGGCAAGCUGUACCGCCCCGACAACUUUGUGCAUGCACAGUCCGGCGCAGGCAACUCGUGGGCCAAGGGAUACUACACGGAGGGUGCAGAAUUGGUCGAAUCGGUGCUUGAUAUCAUCCGCAAGGAAGCAGAGCACACCGACUGCUUGCAGGGCUUCCAGCUCGCCCACUCGCUUGGCGGUGGCACUGGUUCCGGCAUGGGCUCGCUCUUGCUGUCCAAGAUCCGUGAAGAAUACCCCGACCGCAUGUUGUGCACCUACUCGGUGGUGCCUUCGCCCAAGGUCUCUGACACUGUCGUCGAGCCCUACAACGCCGUCCUCUCUGUCCACCAGUUGGUCGAGAACUGCGAUGCCACCUUCUGUAUCGACAACGAGGCGCUGUACGACAUCUGCUUCCGCACCUUGAAGCUGUCCAGCCCUGGCUACGGCGACCUGAACCAGCUGGUCUCGGCUGUCAUGUCCGGCGUCUCGACCUCGCUGCGUUUCCCUGGCCAAUUGAACUCGGACUUGCGUAAGCUGUUUGUCAACAUGGUCCCCUUCCCUCGUCUCCAUUUCUUCAUGGUCGGCUUUGCACCCCUGACUGCAUUCGCCUCGCAGCAGUACCGCAACCUGUCCGUCCCUGAGUUGACCGCCCAGAUGUUUGAUGCGCGUAACAUGAUGGCUGCUUCCGACCCCCGUCACGGCCGCUACUUGACCGUCGCCACCAUGUUCCGUGGCCGCUUGUCGACCAAGGAAGUCGAGAACCAGAUGCUGGCUGUCCAGCAGAAGAACUCGUCGUACUUUGUCGAGUGGAUCCCCAACUCGGUCAAGACCUCCCUGUGUGACAUUCCUCCUGUCGGCUUGAAGAUGUCGGGCACCUUCAUUGGUAACAGCACCUCGAUCCAGGAACUCUUCAAGCGUGUCAACGAGCAGUUCACGGCCAUGUUCCGUCGCAAGGCUUUCAUGCACUGGUACACCGGUGAGGGUAUGGACGAGAUGGAGUUCACUGAGGCCGAGUCCAACAUGAACGAUCUUGUCUCCGAGUACCAGCAGUACCAGGAGGCCGGUGUUGAAGAUAUGGAAGAAGAAUUGGAUGACGAGUACCUCGAGGAAGAGCAGGUCUUGGAAGAUUAGAGAAGGAUCCUCCUGUCUCACUCUCUCCGCAACCAAAAAUAACCAAUCUUACCCCAACCCCCCCGCAUACACACACACACACACACACACACGAAAAAUACAAGAACAACAGCAAACAACAGCAAACAACAGCAACAACCAUAAUACCCACAUCGUUUUCUUUUCUACUUUACCCUCUUCCACACACAACAGACCAUGCUAUCUUCUUUCCUCAUAUCCAAAUGGUUUUCUUCCUUGCCGAACAAACACCUUUGGAAUGCACUCCCCCCCCUUUUUUUUAUCCUUCUAAUAAAAUGGCGAAAGUGUUCUUCUUUGACUGGUUGUUGUCGCAUCAGUUACACAACGUGCUUCGAUCGGUCGACCGCUUAUAGAAGUUACACUAAGAUGUGCUACACAGUGGCGCAUCUGCACUUGAAAAAAAA